AUGGAGGAUAUUGAGAAAAAUAUUAAACAAAAUUUAGAAAAUAAGGAAUUGAAGAAGAAUGAAUUGGAUAAGGAGAAUGAAUCAGAGGAGGAUGAAUUGAAAGAAAAUGAUUUAGUGGAAGAAGAAUUGGAGGAGAAAAAUUUGGAGGAGAAUGAUUCAGAAGAGGAAGAAUUAGAAGAGAAGAAUAAAUCAGAGGAUGAAUUAGAGGAGGAUGAAUUAGAGAAGGAGAAUGAAUUAGAGAAUGAAUUAGAGGAGGAUGAAUUAGAGGAGAAUGAAUUAGAAGAGA